AUUUCUUCGGAAAACAUGCCGCAGGAAGCUCAAAUCAGUCCAGAGCUUCUGGAGGUCGAAAAUUCAGAGGGAUCCAGCAGCGAUGAGGAAUUCCGGUCCGCUGAAAGAGCAGAAUUCGACUCGCACCGAGAGCGAAUUCCUCGGAAUUUCGCUGGGAACAUUUUCGAAGACAAUGAAUCCUCAGAGGAGGACGUUGCCGACCUCGGAAGAGACGAAAAGAAACGUUCCGCGUCCUCGUCUCCGUCCGAUUUUAGUACGGAGAGCAACUAUCCCUCAAGGCCUUCCGGGGAAUCCAGAAAAUCCGAUUCGGCUCGCUCAAAGGAGAACCAUUUAAAAAGAUCGACUAGCGCAACUGAAAUAUGGCCGAGAUCCGACGUCACUUUCGAAUCAUCGGUGAUUUGCGCAGCGGAAUCCUUCGCCUCAUUGGAAGGACACCCAGUUGAGAUGUCGAAUUCGAUUCCACUCGAUGAAGCUUCCCUUAGAUCUGUGGUUUCCUCGCAAUCCCAAAAACUCAUCGACACAGUUGAUUUCGAACAUCUUGCCGCAUCUCGUACAAAUUCUAGAGCAUCCUUCCAUGAAGAUAUCUCAAGAAACGCAGAUUCCAGUGCGACAUUGCCCAACAACAUAGAAACGUCACCGAGAUCGUCCACUUCUAAAAGUGAGAAUCAGGAAUUGCCUUCGUCAAAAGAGCCCACGUUUACCGCGUUUCCAUUUCAUAUUACUGGCGUGCCUGAAAACAUCCAUUACGAAAGUAGCGAAACCGAUGAUGACACUGCCAUGGCUAACAUCAGAGUUCAGGACAAGCCGAUCGAAACCAUGGAAAUGCAACCUAAGAGACUUCCAUCCAGAAUUCUCCAAAAUACUCCAAAGGCCCGAAUCAACUCAAUUCGCAUCCCUUCCUUGGAGUCAACUCGCAAUUCGGACAAGUUGAAUGAAAGGACUUCGAAACAACUUCUGCACGACUGUUUUGUUCAGUUGGAGAGCAACGACUGGGAGGUGGCGCUGAAAGGACUGAAAUCCUUAUCUCAGAUUGUCAAACAAAAUCCGGAACAGUUGGAUUCUUGUACUCCGGGAACAAUAGGGCGACUUUUGGGAAAACAGAUAAAAAAUCUCCGCUCUCAAGUCUCGAGAGCUGCUUGUUUAGCAGCUGGGAACAUUUUCAGUGUCCAAGCUCGAGGAAUCGAUCAGGAUCUGGACAACAUAACCGGUGCUUUGCUGCAUAGAACUGCCGAUACAAAUAGAUUUCUUCGAGUAGACUGUCACGCUGCACUAGACAAGAUGGUCGAACACCUUUCCCCCCACCGAAUAAUUGGAAUAAUUGUUUAUCGUGGCGCGUCGCAUCAAAAUCCCAUUGUACGUGCCACAACUGCUCGACUUUUGUCCGAUAUUGUCGAAAGAGUUGGUCCGGAGACUGCCAUGACGUUACAGCGUGACGUCAGAGACAAAUUGUUAUCAACUGGAGCAAAACUUUUAAUAGACGGAAAUUUAGAUGCACGGAACCAUGCGAAAAGAAUGUUUCGUCUCCUUGUUCGUUGCGAAGGAUUCCGAAAGGCUCUGACGGAAUCUGUACCAGAUACCACCUUAAGGCAUAUCGACAAAACCUUAAAGUCUCUCUAAACGGGAACUUCCAGCUCCGGUCGUGACUUUGAUCGGGUCCUCUCAGAAGAAUUCGGCAUCAAUUCAUAGGAUGUUUAAUUGAAGAAGGAAAAUGGCGGCUAUCUGCAAGAAGGAUCUUCGCCUUCAUGCCCUCCUUUUUCGUGACUUUAUUUGCGGUACCAGAAAUAUAUCGACAUCGUUAAUUGUCAUAAUCAUAUAUGUGGAUGAAUGUGUAUGCAGUUAUGAAAAUAUUUCGGACACGACGUUAAAAGUCCUCAUCGAAGAAAGUAUUCGCUUCGCGAAAAGUCAGUGGAGGACAACACGGCGCCAUCUUUGGCUUGUCAGAAAUGAAUGUUUUCUUUCGAGUCAGAAGUUAAUCACAUAUAAUAAAUUCCGGUAGAAAGUUAAUUGUAAGUUAAAAGCAAUUAAUAAGGAGAUUCAAUACAAUUUCGAAGAAAACACUUAUUUAGUUAAAGUUAAAUUACCCUCAACUAAUGGAAAUGUGAAGUCGUGUUGGCGGCGAGAAUUUAUGCGAUACAUUGGAAUGAUUGAUGUUUAGGAUAUUUUAAUACUUCCGUUUUCAAUGUUCAUACUUAUUUUAGCUUCAUUGUCGGCUACAAAACAAUUCGCGAACCUGCAGUGCCUUAUUUAAACAUUAAAUAAAUAAACGAGGCAUUAACCUA